CAAAUAAUACAGUAUAACUUUCUACGAGUAUUUUUAAUUCCUACAGUAACUUAUUAAUCAGAUAUUUCCAUAACCGGGAAUUCUGCAGAUAAAAAAGAAACCGUCAUAUCACCACCGCCACAUGGCAUCCUCUCCGUCACCGUCGCCUCCGCCACUUCCACGUCUAAACAAACUCACAAUUAAAUCCACACCUACAUUUUUUCACUCAACUUUUCACCGCCGCAAAUCAAUUAAGCCUGAAAUUUACUGUCAACAUAACCGUUCCGAUAACGGCCACCACCGGCAACAACAACAGCAACAGUGGACGGUCGAUUGCGUCACCGGAAGUGAUCCGAUUCACAUUAUUCUUAAGCCGCCGGCGAUUGGGACCGCUGCUCCGAUUACAAUGAAUUCCGGAUUGAAAAAUUCGAAGAAAGUUUGCUUGUUUUACGCUGCAGAAAUGGAAGCGCUUGCGCAACGAAUUGCGGCGCAAUCGGAUGCGAUUGAGCUUCGUAGUAUUAAUUGGAGGAAAUUUGAGGAUGGGUUUCCAAAUUUGUCGAUACCAAAUGCACAUGGAAUUCGAGGAGAACAUGUAGCUUUCCUUGCAUCGUUUAGUUCUCCGGGAGUUAUCUUUGAGCAAUUGUCUAUUAGUUAUGCAUUACCAAAGCUGUUUGUUUCCUCAUUCACCUUAGUCCUUCCUUUCUUCCCUACUGGCACUUCUGAGCGUAUGGAGGAUGAAGGUGAUAUUGCAACAGCUUUUACUCUGGCUAGAUUCUUGUCAAACAUUCCAAUAUCAAGGGGCGGGCCUACUAGUGUUGUCAUUUAUGAUAUCCAUGCUUUGCAGGAAAGAUUCUACUUUGAUGACAAUGUAUUACCAUGUUUUGAGAGUGGGAUCCCUUUGCUUAAAAGCAGGCUUCAACAGCUCCCUGACUCUGAUAAUAUAUCGAUUGCUUUUCCGGAUGAUGGUGCUUGGAAACGGUUUCACAAGCAGCUGCAACACUUCCCAAUGAUUAUUUGUGCCAAAGUUAGGGAAGGUGAUCAACGAAUUGUUCGCAUUAAAGAAGGAGACCCGCAAGGCCGUCAUGUUGUGAUAGUCGAUGAUCUCGUUCAGUCUGGUGGAACUCUAAUUGAGUGCCAGAAAAUGUUGGCAAAACAUGGAGCCAAAAAGGUUAGCGCAUAUGUGACCCAUGGUGUUUUUCCUAAGAGAUCAUGGGAGCGGUUUGCACACGAUAUCGGAGGACACCCGGAUAACGGUUUGACUUACUUUUGGAUUACGGACUCAUGUCCCCUAACUGUGAAGGAAGUGAAGAAUAAACCUCCAUUUGAGGUCCUGAGUCUUGCUAGUUCUAUAGCAGCUACCCUGCAAAUAUAGUUCAGUGUUUCUGGCCGUGGGAGUGAAUAUUUUACACCACCUUGCCGAAGGCUAUGUUAAAUUUUUGUUCAUUGUUCUUCUCCCUUUUCAUUUAUAGAGUGAUUUGGUUCCUAAUUGGCCCAAACUUUAGGAUAUUUAAUGUAAUUAAGCCAGAUUCUUUAAACAGACCAAUGAAAUUCAUCAUUCAUGUUAUCAUGUAA